UCCCUUGUCAGAAGUCUGUUUACGUUUGAUGGGAAGAUUGCGUCUUCCUUGAAGUUAGAACUUAGGAUCACAAUGGAAUCUUCUUUCCAUAUAGGCAUAUUUUAUGUUUUAGCUGUUCUUCUGAUCAGAUUAGCAUCGAGUUCCAGUAGAAGUGAUAUAUGCCACAUCAGUUGUACACAUAAUAGUUCCUUGGACUGUCAGAACAGUACACCAUGGGGGAGAUGUUGUGUAGUAAAAUCUGGAAAUACAACAUUUAUCACAGAAGUGGAUCUUUCCAACUGUAACCUUCAGUCUCUUGAUAAGAUACUUACAAACCAGCCUAAUUUAACCACUAUAUUUCUACAAGGAAAUAAGUUGACCUCAUUAGAAAGAGAGGAUUUUUAUCAAACUACAAACAUCAGUCUCCUAGUAUUACAACCAAACCUGACGUGUCCAGGGGGACCUGAUGCGUGGGAGAUUUAUGACAACAAAACAACAGAUACAACCCAGUGCAUGGGGGAGAUACAGACUUGUCACCAUCUAAAUGUAACCUGUCCUAAUGUCAACAGCAAGUGUCAACAUACAGGACCUAACAUGAUGGAAUGUGUUUGUAAGGAUGGUCACCAUGGAUAUAAAUGCUUGAGAAAGGGAGAAUUUCCAUCCACUGUGUUUAUGAUCGGAUUGGCUAUAUGUACAGUGGUACUCUCAGCUGGGUUGUGGCUGACUGAAAACCGAUGUAAAAGAUCAACAAGGAUGACAGGACUUUAAACUCAUCAAAACUAUUCACUGCCCAAGUCUUUCUUGUUCAUUAAAGUAGCACUAGUUUCAUAAUGCUACAGACAUUAUUUUA